UUGAAGCUCCGACUGAUGCAUGGCAGAAUACCAACAGAAGGAAGGCUUGAAAUAAAAAACAAAAAGGCAAAUGGGUAACGGUAUGUGGUGAUGGAUGGUCACUUUUGGAAGCCUUAAUCGUAUGCAAAACCUUGGGGCUGGGUUAUGCUAAUGAUGCGAUGCAAACAGAUUAUUUUGGUGGAAACGUGACCGGUGGAACUUUUGUUGGUGUCAAGUGCAUUGGAAACGAAACUAGUUUUCAUGAAUGCCAAUACAAUCAACAACUAACAGGCCAGUGCAAGAGUCGCGAUCUAGCCGCCGUCUCAUGCACUAAUUCGAUGGCCGACUUGAUUAUCGAUCACAUGGAACUGAUUCAGACCGCACACUUGGAGGAUAGACCGAUGUUCUUCUUGCAAUGCGCCAUGGAAGAGAACUGCGUCGCUUCAUCGGCUUACGAGAUACAAAAAGAGAAUCCCGGCUGGCACUUGGAGACUAGGAGGCUUCUCAAGUUCACUGCGAAGAUCUUUAACGCUGGUACCGCCGACUUCCGGCCCGCGAUACCGAAACAUUUGUGGGAAUGGCACAUGUGUCAUAUGCAUUACCACAGCAUGGAAGUGUUCGCCACAUUCGACAUCUUCAAUUCCAAGGGCAAGCGGGUCGCUGAAGGACACAAGGCUUCUUUCUGUCUCGAAGACAACCAAUGCCUACCCGGCGUCGAGCCCAGAUUCGCAUGCGCAAACUACGGUGACCAAGGCAUAUCAGUAAACUGCUCGGACAUCUACAAAUACACAGUUGAUUGUCAAUGGGUGGAUAUCACCGACCUUGAUCCCGGUCACUAUACGAUGAAAGUGGCCGUCAAUCCGGAAUACAAGGUUCCCGAGAUGACAUUCGAGAAUAACGCUGCUUAUUGUGAUUUCUUCUACGAGGAGACCUUCGGUAGUGUAAGAAACUGUGUAGUGCGAAGGCCGUAAGAAACAGUGAGCGCCCGCAAAAGUCAAACUUCGCAAUCUUCAGUUAUUUCCGUCUGGCAGUUAACUGUCAAGAUAACAAAUCUUUGCAAGACAGUUAAUGUGAUGCUAACUGUUAGAUAACAGUUGAUAUGAAUUUAUGAAUCUAACCCUCAAUCUGUGACUGAACAUCCGCGGUUAAUUUUCAAAUUGGGUCACUACGACCUGGCUUUUCAAUUUCAGGUUAUUUAUGACUUUACUUAAUAGGCUAGUUGACACUUUUUUUAGUAGGUCUUAAAUAGUUAAUCUUUGCUCUAUUAGACCAAAAAAUUGAUACUAUAUUUUUUUCAGACCUUGAAGAUCGUAAAACUCCAAAAAUAUAUUUUUCUUAGACAGCCGAAGACGCUGAUCGCCAUGUUUGGCCCAUAUUAAUGAGCUCUGACGUCAUACCAUUUGCAAACAGCAGCUCUCAAACUUUUAAACAUAUAAACAUCACUUCUACUAACUUACAUGAUUUUGUUGUUGUUGUUGAAGAUUUAUUUAGCAUUAAUGCUACAAUGUCAAUUUUGUAUAAUGAUUCGGUUACAUAUUUUUCUUCAAUCCAUUUUCUGUGAUUUUACAUUCUUGCCUAUUAAAAUUAAAAUUACGACACUAUGUAUUGUAUUAUUCGUAAAGUGAUUUUUUUAUUUCACCUUAAACAUUUUUAAAUUCGAACUUUCUUUAAUAUCAUUAUUCAAUUUAGUAAAUUCAAAUACUCCCUUUUGAAAUAUAGAUUUACUAGUUAUGCUCCUAUUAC